UCCAACGUAUGCAUGUCGCUGUAACGGUAUAGCUGGCUGUAUAGACGAAUGCUGCUACCCCACUGGUGGAAAUCAAAGGCUGUACAUGGCGGUGGAGAGCACAAUUUGGCUGUUCUGUCUUCUUUCGCUGUUUUGUGGUCCAUCCAAGCAAGAAAAGCCUGAUUCACUGGAGCUGAGCUGUGGGGCCGGACCCAGCCAUGUAGUCUUAGAGCCAGGUUCACCCCUCCUGCUGGACUGCAACCUUGGGGCCAGUGACACACCUUUCAAUGUCACCUGGCUUCAGGAUGGCCAUCCUCUGCCUCUGGAGGGGGAGGACUCCCUGCAGUACUUGGCUAACGGAUCCCUCCUCUUGCUGCCAACCUUCGAGGAUGGCCAGCCCAGCCGAGGUGUGGAGGGGGGCUACAGCUGUGUGAGUGCCAGCGCCCUCGGAGCUCUGACCAGCAGGACUAUAAAUGUUCUUCUCGCAAGUCUGUCUCAGUUCCAUCAGGAGCCAUCACCACAAACAGUCCCCGCUGGUGGAGCUGCUCGCUUUGAGUGUCAAAUUGAGGGAGUACCCACGCCUAUUAUUACCUGGGAAAAAGACAACCAGGCUGUUCCUGAGGACACGCGCAGGUUCAUUUCCCUGCCUAACGGGGUGCUUCAGAUUCUCGAGGUGACCAAGGAGGAUGAGGGUGCCUACCGCUGCGUUGCGUCCAACUCAGCCAGGAAGGACAUCAGUCAUGAAGCCAGGCUCACGGUCACCACAGGCUCUACCGAAGCCCUGAACAGAGUUACUAUUGUUGCACCACCUCAGAAUGCUACGGUUGUAUUCGGCCGCCCUGCUGUGAUGGAGUGUAUGGCACAAGGCCAGCCGAAGCCCUUUGUCUCUUGGAGCCGACAAGACGGAAAGCCUAUAUCCACUGAUGUGGUUGUCCUUGCAACAAAUCUGGUGAUUAGGGACACAAGGCGUCACCAUGCUGGCAUCUAUGUCUGCAGGGCCAACAAGCCCAAGACCAGAGAGUUUGUCAUUGCUGCUGCUGAGCUGCAUGUGCCUGCUCCCCCAGUGAUUCUCCAGCCCCCAGAGACUGCGUCCCUCUCCCGGGGAAACACAGCCAGAUUUGUGUGCAACAGCUCUGGGGAGCCUCCUCCUGUGCUGCACUGGCUGAAGGACGGUCAGCCCAUCAAGCCGUUCAGGCGGGUGAAGAGCCAAAGCCCAGGAGUCCUGCUUAUCAACCAGCUGGCACUGGAGGAUGCUGGGUACUACCAGUGCAUAGCUGACAAUGGACUGGGCACGGCCUGUGCCACUGCAAAACUAACCGUUAUCGUGAGGGAAGGUCUACCCAGCCCUCCUCAGCACCUUUCAGCCACGCCCCUCUCCAGCACCACUGCCCUGCUCACCUGGGAGAAACCAGAGUACAACUCGGACCAAAUCAUCGGCUACUCUGUGCACUGCCAACUCGCCUCAGGCUCAGAUAAUGUUGAGUACCAGUUUGCGAUGAACAACGACACCACAGAGUAUCACAUCAAAGAGCUUCUCCCGCACACUGCCUACACGUUCUUUGUAGUGGCUUACUCUCCCAUGGGAGCCAGUCGGCCAUCCCUGCCUGUCACUGUGGAGAUGCUGGAGGACGUGCCGAGCGCACCUCCACAGCUGUCCAUAGCCAGCACCUCCCCCACAGACAUCAGACUCAUGUGGCACCCAUUGUCCUCACAGCACAGUCGAGGAGCUGUUACCCGCUACCGCAUUGAUUACAGCACUCUGGAUCAGGUGGACUCUGUGUUCUCAGUGGAGGUGGGGGGUAAUGAGACUCAGUUCACACUUAGAGAGUUGCAACCUAACCAGACCUACAGACUGAGGAUUGCAGCAGGAACAGGUGUCGGCUUUGGGGUCCCCUCUGAGUGGGCCCAGCACCAAACAUUAGCCCACUACAACCACAACAACCACAGCAUGGUGAUCUUUGCCCCUACCGAGCUGAAAGUCCGAGCCAGAGUGAACACACUCAACGUGACCUGGCACUCAUCACCCAAUCACACAUUAGUCUCCGGGUACAAGCUGUCCUGUCGAGAGUUGGAGGCUGAAGAUUCAACCAAUGGAGAAAGAACAACUCAGACCCACACCAUCAGGCUGCGUAAGAAGGCCAGGUAUCAUCUCCUCACUGGGCUGGUUCCUGACAGGCAUUACGAGGUGAAGAUUUGGGCAUUCAACAAGCAGAUAGAAGGAGCAGCUGCUGUGUGGAAGGGGAGGACAGAAAAGGCCCCAGGACCAUCAGCUUUGCCCAUGCGCCCCCCUCCGCUGCCCCCAAGCAGCAUCAAAGCCACGGCCAAUAGCUCCACCUCCAUCUGGCUGCGCUGGGAGAAGCCACGGUUCAGCAACGUACGCAUCAUCAACUACACAGUGCGCUGCAGCCCAGCAGGCACCACCAACGCCUCGCUGGUCUCCUAUCACACCAGCUCUGCUCAGGAGAUACUACUCGGGGCACUAAAGCCCUUUACCCGCUAUGAGCUGGCCGUGCAGUCUAAUGGAGUGGAUGUGGUAGGACCCUUUAGCAACACAGUGGAGGAGUCAACUCUUUCUGAUCGGCCCUCGACACCUCCAGAGGAGCUGCAGCUGAGUGCACUGGAUUCCUCUUCUGUGCUGGUGAGCUGGCUCCCUCCUCUGGAGCCGAAUGGUAUUAUCAUCAACUACAAAAUCCUGUACAGUGGCAACCUGAGCCAGCCAGAACACAUGUGGGAAAACCUCUCUCAGGAUGGGACAGUUACCAGUGUUGAAAUCCAGGGUUUGUCUAGUGACACCCAUUACUUUUUCAAGUUGGGAGCAUCUACGGAGGUUGGGCCAGGGCCUUAUUCACCAAUAAAGGAUGUCCACACCCCCCACCAGCAAUAUGAGCUGGACAUCCAUGCAGUUACAGGCAUCAUAGUCGGCGUGUGCUUGGGACUGAUUUGCAUCCUCCUCUGCAUGUGUUUCAGCUUUCGUAAUGGCAAAUCUAGGGAGGUGUCUGGGGGCCUGGACUCCACAGCUGUGACCCCUCAGAACAGAAGAGGAGGCAGCCCCGCUCCCACCAACAUACCAGAGUGCAGUGAUAGCCAUGAGCUGGAGACGCUAAUGCCCCCGGGCAGCCAAGAGUCUGGUCAGCCGCUGGAAGAGGCCCUAGAGGAUCAGAGUCUGAUGGCUGCUUGGAAUGGCUCUGUGAGUCAUAACUGGGCCAACAGAAUCACAAGAUACAGAGACACCAUAACAGAAGAUUCUCCAACACUCAUUAAUGGAGCUCUCAAGCUAAUUACAGAAAACAACACGGACUGUGAAGAUCGUCUAUGUACAUCUUUGUGCAGUAACCAGGUGGAGGCAGAAGUCAUAGUUCACUCAGAGCUGACAGACCCAGCAAGGGAGAAGGAGGAGGAGGAGGGCAGCCAGAGGGAGACAGAUACUAAUGCCACCAGGGGACACUCAUUAUCAGAGGACAUGUAUUCCCCUUUGAGCCCGCCAAGUCCACCAGGAGAGGAGGACACGGUAGAAAAACUAUCAAUGGCCCAGAGCCCUUUGAGUCUUCCCUCGAUAAAGUUAGUGGCCAAUCACAACGGGGAGCUAGAGGGCACAGGAGACCAGCCAAACGGGGAGCCACAGCAGGACACGGGGCUAACCAAUGGCUUCCACUCCCCAAAGACCUUGCAUUGUGUGCUGAGGUCAGAGCAUCUGGGGAACGGGGACUCAAGACACUGCCCAUCAGCGCCCGGGAAGGCCAUUUCUGCAGGACUGUCACCUGCUCCCUUUGUCAGCUCCGGCCUUGUCCACUCUACCUCAGCAGCACACAGUUACUUGUGCCCGUAGCCUCUGCAUGUAGGGCAUGGACCCUUCCACUUUCUGACACAUCAGACUGAUUUGUUUUCUUUUACAUACCCAGGAAGAAUCCUCUUGAAUUAUUUUUAUGCACCUCAUUCUUGGAUUCAUUUCUCUCACUUUCAAAGUUUUUAUAGGUUCUUUGAAUCCAUUGUUUCAUACGUGUGUAUAUACAGCAUACAUACACAGUAUAUUUUAGAGGUGGAGUACUGUAUAUGGGUAUGCUUUCUCUAGCACUGCAACCAUAUUUUCCUCUGGGUUUCUUUCCUGUCCGUAGGGAAGAAUGGAAAGAUUUGACUAAACCAAGCAGAUGGAAGAGGAUUGAUGGAGGCUUUUCCCACUGUGACGCACAUGGCUCUGCUCCACUCAGGAAUCAGAAAAACUGGAAUAAUCUGCUAGUGAGUGAGACCAGCUGCCGUCUUGGAUGGGAGGAAUCGGAGCGCUGGCAUCCUGCUGGGUUUCGAUGUGUGGAUGCGACUUUACAGAGUGGCACAGAGGGAUAAGCCUUAAAGAGUACCUGCACAGUCUGACAGUGCAGCACACCGGUGUCUCUCCAGCCUCCUGCUGUCUCAGGGUCCACACAAACACAUACAUCAACAUACACAGAAUGCUAAAAUAUAGCUGAUUUCUUGGUAUUUCAUUGUUUUAUUCAUCCAUGAACACAUUUACUCACAUAUUUUCUGACAAACAUGUGGGGGGUCUCAGGUGCCUGAUUUUCCAGGUGCAUUCACCUCUGUAUAUUUCUAUAGAUUUAUUCAGUGCAAACACAAAACAAUGUCAGCAAGAAAGGAAAAGUACUCAAAAUGUAAAAAGAUUUGAAGUUAGCAAACAUGAAGUUCUGUUUCAAAAUGCCAUUCAUUUAGGUGGUGUCAUUUUGUAAACCUGGAGACACGCAGUUCUUAAGUGGUGUUGCAGUAUUUCAGAUGGUGAAUAUCAUAUUGUGGAAUCAAAGCAUUUACAUGUUCAUGUGGGGAUCAAUUUAAUUCUGUUAGUGGGAGAACUAGAGAUGUUACAGCAACCUAUCUGUUGACCACUACUCUGGUUCCACUCAUACUUUAGGGAUGCACCAAAGCGAUACUGUGCCAUUAAAUGUCAUGUGUUUACGCAGCAAAAAUACCUGACAGGUUUUUUAAAAUUGUAUGGAUUUCAGUAAGCCUAUCUGAAUCCAGCUGUUAAGGAACAUUUCCAAACCACUUUUCUUUAAUAUAGUACGCAAACCAUUAAAAAUUAACCCAGACUGUCUGCAUUUAUCAUUAGGAAAGGAGUGAGACCAGAAAAUAAACUAAUAUAAUAAGACUUAUUUUCAUCAUUAACCCAAACUGUAUAAAGUUAAUUAUUCUAUCAGAUUUCUUUCCAUGAUUGACCUUUAUGCAAAGCUGAGUGAGUUUUAGCAUUGCAAAAGAGGAAAUGGUGCAUCCCUACUCCUUAUCAACAACACUACCUCAUUUCUUUUCAGGACUAUUUCCAGUGUGGUUUUAUUAGCUUAAAUUAACUAGCACCUUUUUGAGAUCUCUUUCUUAUCUUGUCUGGUUCAACGGCCUUUGGUAUUUGCAGAAAUAGUUGUCCGACACUGACUGUAAUUUCUUGUAUUAUGUCACAGAAAUUUAUGUCACUUCAGUGUAUCUCAGCUUCCUCACAGAUCUCAGUAAUAGUGUGUGGCUCAUUCAGCACUCUUUUAAAGAAAAGAAAAACAUCCAGUGUUUUUAAAGCACCUGGAAUGAAGUUAAGCUGAUUUUUAAACCUGAACAUCCAUUUUUUAUUGUGCCAGCACCAGGUAAAGCAAAGUAGAACCACCUGCAAUUUCACACUUAUGCCAUCUGCGCGCAAUGAGCUAUUUUAACAUGUUUAUUUUCCAAAAUCCACUUUUUACUAAGAGGUAACACAAAAUUCAAAUUUCAAUACAAAAAGAACUAACACUUAAAAAAAAGAAAGAAAAAAAAAACAGAAACAAUUAUGACCUUAAAUGUCCCCAAAUAAAUAUGUAUAUCUCACAAUUCCCCACCUGGGGAUCCAUGAAGUAUUUUCUUAUGGAUUUAAAAAUGUAUUUUUAACCUCGAUGGAAGAACUGGUAAAGUUGACAGCUUGCCUUUAUUCACAUGGAAGCUAUUUUCACUGAUGUCACACUCAGGGCAGUGAGGUCAAACACUUCUACAGUAUCACGCUAAUCUCCUGUAUGUUUUAAGUCCUUUGAAUGUUGGGAAUAUAACAAAUCAUUAUCAGUUCAAUUCCUCUGUGUUGAUCAGCAACUGAAAAAAAAGUAAUUUUGGUACAAUGGAGGAUGUGGCUGUAUCUAAAGAUUAAACAGCUGCCUUAAGAAAACAGCUUGAAUCAGUUUAGACCACAUAAUAUCUAAUGUAAACAUUCACUAGGGCAGCCUUUCUCAACAAGAGUGCUGUAGCACCCCGGAGUGUCCUCUGACAUUAUCGUAAGCGUCUUCAGAAUGCUUUAUAUGUAACCAAGAAUGAUCAUGAGUAUGCCUGUCAUCCCUGCACAUAUAGUCAAAAUAAUCUCAUGAUCCUGAAAUCACAUCAUUGUAGGGGUCAUGACUUUUUUUCCGAUUGGGGACGCGCUCAGUCAGAAAUGCAUAAAAGUGGGGUUCUAAGUUCUAAACAAUUGGUUCCCAACCUGGGGUCCAGGACCCCCUAGGGGUCAUGAGGCUUUGUCUGCUCCCAGGUUGUCAAAAUUAGAUUUUCAUGUGUUAACUAAAGUCAUGGCAAAACUUUACUUGAACAGUGUAUACAAACAUUUCGUUGGUAUGAUAAACACAUGUGGACCGUUUUGGGGGCCUUGCACAUUAAACAACAUUAGUUUUGAUGCUUUUAAGCAAUCUAUCAUUUUAUCACUGUUUUCAUUUGUUUGGUUCUGAGAGGUUAAAAUUUACUUAAGUAAAAGUAAAAGUACCGGUCAAUGAAUCUACUCACCUAAAACUAAUAAGUAUGUUAUUUAAAGUUUACUUGAAGCGCUAAGUAGCUACUGAGGAGUUGUACUGUAAAAUAUGAUCUUUUCUCAUAGGCAAAAAAACAGAGAAAAGAUCUCCAACCAGGUUGUUCAGGUAAAGUCACCUCUAUAAUAAAGUAAAAUGCACAGCAAAAUUGACUGUGUUAACUAAACUCAUAUAGAGUUAAAUUAAACAUUUUCAAAUUGCCUAUGUUGGCCCACAUUACAUACAUUAAACUACACUUUCUAAAGUGUUAAAUAUUUACGUUAUAACAGAGCUGCAGUAACUCUUAAUAAUCUGUGGCAAGGUGGCUCCUUUGUCUAGAACGACACAGAGAAUUAACUCUAACUCAGUGGAUAACUUAAAAGUACAGUUACUCUGGUUAAAACUUACUUAAGUAGAAGCAAAAGUACUGAUUUAAAAAUGUACUCAAAAAAGUACAAGUACACAGAAAAACUACUCAAUUACAGUAAUAUGAGUAAAUGUAAUUAGUGACUUUCCACCUCUGGAUUCAAGUGGGGGGCUGCAGGGAAGGAUUGGGAACCACUGAAUCUCUACACGACCACAAUGCAUGUUGUCAAAGGCAUUUAAGUAAUUUUACAAGACUUCUUUAGGGAUGUAUUUAUUGAUUCUAUAACUGUAUAAAUCCUUCAGCAGUCAUAAGUAAACUGUUCUCUUUUUCUUUUUGACAGGGGUGACUAAAGAGUUUUUAAAGUUUUUAAGUUUAAGCUGAGCUAGGGAAUGCUUUCGUUAUUCGAUGUUCCUAUUUGAUAAAACAGGUUAGGUUUAAAUUGCUAACUAAUACAAUGUUAGCUAGGGAUGUCCUUUAAAUGUAAUCUAAGAUGUGAUUGAAUAUUCACUGUUGUAUUUAACAGGCUUUGUAAUCCUAGAGUUGCAUCAAGGGGAAAUGGCAGCCAUGUGAAUAUGGAGUACAAGCAAUCCUGGAAUUGCCAGCACAUGAGGAAAAAUAAAGCUAAAGUCUGAAAUGGAGGAUGCUUUUUAAGGUUAUUGGCUGUUAUUAGUCUCCACUGUUGAAGUACCAGCUGUCAAACAACGAAAUAAACAUUCAAUUUACUUUCCCACUAAACUUAAAACAAGUUACUUGACUGUUAGCAUUCUCUCUAUUUACAGUUAGUGUUACACAAAACCCAGUCAAGAGUGCUUCUGGUCCCGACUUUUGAGUGUAAUUAAACUUACUACUAAUAACCUGUAGGUGGCAAAAGUGUCAAGAUUACUGCAGAUGUCUUUGGCUGAUGGAGGCAGUGGUUACCUAUAAAAAGAGUGACUUUGUAUUGAGCUGGUUCUAUCGGGUGCUUAACUACAAAAAUAUUAUUCUAUGGAAACUUUUACUACUUUGACUUACUCAGAAAGGAUGAGGAUUACUUUGUAUGAGUGCCAUAUAUACUGUAGACGACACAAUGCUAUACAGCUGUGUGAUUCAGAGAUAAUAGCAGGUUAGUAAAGGGUAAUAAUAAUUACAAUAAUAUUUCAUCCAUUUGUAUGAAAGACAGAAUGAAGCAGAGUGUUGAGUCCAGCUCUGCUUUGCAUGAUGUCUCAUUUCCUCUCAGGUGGCUUUCUUCUAGUUUUCCAGCUUUGAAGGGGAGUGUAAAAACCCCUUUCUCUCCUCUCUGCUCAUGUCCAUUUAUGUGUCAAAUCUCACCAAUUCAGCUCAAUCACAUCAGUAGCAGACUUAAAUGUUUCCUCAUAACGUGUGAGAAGCACCCUGAAUGUGUUUUUCACUAACUUUGUUGUUGAUUCUGUAGAACAUGUAUGGUUUUCUGAACAAAAAGCAUGGUUGAUACUUUAAAGAGACUUAUUUUUUUAGCCUUGUCAUGUAUGUUCUUUACAUCACAACAAUAUUUUUACUGCUGUAGCAGUCAUAGGGACAAGUGAAUGUGUUCUUAGCAAACCUGGGUCAAACCAUAAUUAGAAGCUCUUGAAUGUUCAAGGUUUGCAGAAUCAAAUUUAAUGAACUGUAAAUUACAGAAAUGUUUAUUGAAUACAAUUUUAUAUUUUACAAACAUAUGGCACUCAUAGUGCUAUCAUAUUUUGGCAAAAAAAAAUGUAAAUUGGUACAUAAAGUGUGAUUUAAUAGCCAGCAGGAAACAGCUGCUGCACUGCUGAUCUCAGCAGUCUUAUGUGUCAAGCAUGUCAAACUUAAACGCUGGCUACCCUCCAAUGAAUGAUGUCAGAGCAGGUAUCCAUCAGCUGGGUGAAAAACCUGCUCUGAAGGCAUUGAUUUAGUUGGCAAUUAAAUUAUACAGUGAGCAGUGCAGCUAAAUCUCUAUAUGCAGUAAGCUAAAGCAAACCACCAAAACCCUGUGUUUGAUCCAGGUUCUUUACUGAAACUGUUCUAUCUUUAUACUGUUUCACUUCAUCCUAAAGUCCAUGUUUCCUAAAAGGAGCAUCAUGUAUUCAAAGGCAUUCCAGCUUGAUAUCUUCAAACAUACCUCUCUCAGUCCAGGCAAGCCGUGAUUCGUACCUUAAGCUUAUAUGCCAGAAUGUGUUCCUACAGGUCUGAUACGUUUAAUCCCAUCUUCUCCUUUUUUACUUUUCCAAUAUUGUUCGGACUAUAAAAACGUGAAUGGAGGUUACAAAGAUAGUUUCUUUAAGUUGUCGGUGACAAAAGCUGUAAACACUCAUGUAUGUUGUGAUUCUGGAGAUAUUUGUCUCACUCAUUAAAAAAACACAUUGAUACACAUUUUUAGCUAAUUUUGGUGACCUAGAGUACUUCCAGUUUUGUUUUUCUUAGCAUGUAGUUCAGUUGAAUCACACUGUUUUUCUUGUGUUCAAGUAUUAAUGCAGUAGUGGAUUGUUAUGGUGUGUGGAGGGGACACAGAGGGUCUUAGAAAUAGCAGAUUUGGAUACUGCAGUAAUGAUGUAUGCUUUCCUUAAAGAAGCCCUUUUUUCAUUCGGUGUUGUCUCAAAUAUGGUACACAACUUUCCUCCUUUUGUCUUUUUGUAAGCUGUAACAAUCAGAGACUUUUAAGGGGAUAACUUCUCAUGCUAUUGAGAUAAUUACUUUGACAUUUGUGUUUAAUUCAUACUACUUUUAAAGGGGUUUAUUAAACAGUAUACCUCAUGAUGGUAAUUUUUUUGGUUUGAGUCUUACCAGUUUGUUGAUACUGCACAUUUUGUUAUAAUAGAACAUAAGCAUCCUGUUGUAUUUUGGGUCAAGUCUUUCACAGAGGACAAGACUGUCUGUUUAGUUUUACCUCUAUGAGAGUUUUCACUCAUUUUGUUGGCCUGGAUGGUCUAGUCUAGUGGUACAGGGCUAAGAAAUGAGGGUUUAUGGCUCAACCAGAGCCGUCUAAAUUGGCUUUUACAUUGUUAUUAGCUUCUAACUGACAAAAAAAGUGUCUAUCUCUGCUGAAUACCAGUGUAAAAGUCCUUUUGGGUAGAAUACCACUUUAACACAACCAGGCAACUGAAGUACAUGGCAGGGAGAAGGGCUAAAGGGACACCCUCCACAGACAGGUCAUACCUCUCAGUGCAAACAGCCAUUUCAAAUUAAUUGUCUCUCUACUCAGGUGCCCCAUCUUUGCAUAUAAUUGUGAAUCAUGCCAGCAUAUCCAAACUCAGAUACAUGUCAUUUGUUGUCAAAUCAAGCCUCAUUUGUACCUUUUAUGAAAGCAAAUCCAGGAAAGUCUUAUGCAUCGAUAUUUUCUUUUGUAUAAUCGGUGUAUUUCUGUCUCUCUUCCGAUGCUUUGUGGUGAGCUGAUUUGUCCAGUGAUGUCACAUUGUUGUGCAUUUUUUGUACGUCUUCUUCUUCUCUAGUUUUGUGUGUACCAGCUCAGAUGUGCUUCUCAGUAUGUGUAAAGCACAGACUCAGACUCUGUGGUCGUGUGCCACUACUUCACGGCUACUCAAGACACCUUUGUAAUAGUUGUGUGCCGAACAAGACCUCAUUUGUGUCAAGAAGACGCUCCCGUAGGAGCACGUUGUAGGAACACAUAGAAGAUUAGCAUUUUUUUCUUGGGCCAUGAGCAACUUUGGAGUGUCAACUUUACAUUUUUAGAAGUGCAAUUUUCUUACUCUGUGAAACAACAGGUGGAUUACUCAGUGUUAGUCAUGGCUGCCAUGAUUUGUGAUAGAAACAUUGCUUGUUCAGAGGAAUCAUCACAGGAUAGGUAGUACUUGUGGUUGGUAGAAAUAUUUCCACUGUUUUACCAUAUGUAAACAUGUCAAAACUUACAGCAGUUCUCAAGAUGUCUGUGGGAACAACUCUUCUGUAAAUAAACA